GCUGAGAAGCAGUGCCAAGUGUGCCGCAAGCAGGCCGCCAAGUACUGCUGCCCGCGGUGCCAGCACCGCACCUGCAGCCUUGAAUGCGUGCAAGCCCACAAGGACGCCUCGGGCUGCACCGGCAAGCGCGACCGCACGGCGUUUGUGGGGCGGGGCGAAUUCGAUGAGCGCACCUUCCUCUCAGACUACCGCUUCCUGGAAGAGGUGCAGCUGGCGGAUGACGUGGCCAAGCGCAGCAAGCCGCCGGCGCCCAAGCUCGACAUGCCCCAGUUUCUGCAGACGCUGGUGUACCAGGCGCGCCGCCGCGGCGUGCAGCUCCACAUCCUGUCCCCCGGCAUGGAGAAGCGGCGCACCAACACCACGCGCUACGACGGGCGCAGCCAGACGCUGGGCUGGCACGUGGAGUGGCGCUUUCCCGCCGCUGCAGCCAGGGCCUCGGACAGCAAGGUGCACGAGAACACGGUGAUUGCAGACCUGCUGGCACGCCACCUGGCGCUCCAGCCAGGCGCCGCCACCAAGUACCACACGCUGCGCGAGUACGGCGAAGCCGGCCUGCCAGCCCUGACGGUGCUCAUGCGCAAGGAGCGCACGCCGGCAAAUGCUGUCGAGUAUUUUGAGAUAGAUGUCAGCCGGCCGCUGCGGCAGCAGCUGGCAGGCAAGGUGCUAGUGGAGUUCCCAACCUUCCUGGUGCUGCUGCCACGUGAGCGAGAAGACUAUAUCAUCCUG